CUAAAAUGCAAUACGGAAGUCAUUAGCCAGAGAAGCGAGAGAUUACGGCGAGAUAUGACAAGACUGCACGUGUAGUGCGCGCGGUGAGGGGCUGAUUCACCGGUUGCAGCGGUUCCUUCCCGGUCGCACUCAUCUCAAAAUCAAAAAGGAGUAAUUCUUUUAUUUUCCAUUUUUAUUAUUUUCCGUGAAAAGCUCUCUCUCUCAUUAAACACUUGCCCCAAAAGAAGAGGAGAACUAGGGAAGGCUUUGCUGGACAUUGCUUUUCGCUUUCUCUUUCUCACUCUGCUUCACUCUCUCCCUCUCUCACUCCACUGGUGUUCAUGAUUUGACCCUUUUGAAGCUUGAACAACAAAGUGAGAGCAGCUUGAUUAUAUGUCUAUUGUUUGUGUUAUUAUGAUACCAAUGAGUUUUUUGACCGUAGAAAGGCAUUGCUUAAAGCAAAGGGAAAGCAACAGGAGGGGAAGGUGAUGCAUAUUUGUGGGCAAUAAAGGAAGAAUUUUGUUUGUUGCUUGUGAUUGUCAAUGACAGAGAACUCCAUUCUUUCUUUCCCCUUUAUUUCAUCCUUUUCGCACAUUUCAUGUGCAACCUAGAUGUAAUGUGCCAUGAAGGGUGCUUGUCAUUGCAGUGAUUUGGAGGGAUUCUUUUUUCCCUUUUUGUUAUUGUGUUUGUGUUGUUGGUGGGUUUAGGUUUUUCUUUGCAGGUUUUUCAAAAAAUGCCAAUGUUUCAGCCCUCUAAGAGGGAUGGCAUUGCUGGGUUUGAUGGCCAAGUUUUAGAUUUAGACACUGCAGUGAAAGAUGGAGUUCUGGGUGGUGUUGGUGGUGGGGUUAUUGGUGCUGGUGUUGGCGAGAAAUUGGACCUGAAGAAGAUGAUUGAGGAGCUUGAUUUAUCAGAAGUUCCUUCAGUAUUUGUAUGUCCGAUAUCCCUUGAGCCAAUGCAAGACCCUGUUACUCUUUGCACGGGCCAAACCUAUGAGAGACCCAAUAUUCUCAAAUGGUUCAGUUUGGGGCACUAUACCUGCCCUACCACAAUGCAAGAACUGUGGGAUGAUUCAGUUACGCCAAAUAAAACUCUUUAUCACUUGAUUUACUCUUGGUUUUCACAGAAGUAUUUGCUAGCGAGGAAGAGAGCAGAAGAUGUACAGGGAAGGGCAGCAGAACUUAUUGAGUCACUGAAGAAAGUGAAGGGUCAAACUAGGGUUCAGGCACUGAAGGAGCUGCACCAAGUUGUAGCAGCUCAUGCUACUGCUAGGAAAACUGUGGUAGAUGAAGGUGGGGUUGCAGUGAUUUCAUCUUUAAUAGGUCCAUUCACAAGCCAUGCCGUUGGUUCUGAGGUAAUUGGGAUUCUUAUGAAUUUGACACUUGAUUCAGAGGCCAAGUCCGAUUUGAUGCAACCUGCAAAGAUUUCGUUAAUGGUGGACAUAUUAAAUGAAGGUUCAAUUGAGACGAGGAUCAAUUGUACUAGAUUGAUUGAGAAAUUGAUGGAAGAGAAGGAUUUUCGCACAGAACUUAUCUCAAGUCAUAGUCUGUUGGUUGGGUUGAUGAGGCUGGUGAAGGGUAAGAGGCACACCAAUGGUAUCUUGCCAGGGCUCAGCCUCCUCAGAUCAAUAUGCUUACAUGAGGAAGUAAGGAGCUUGAUUGUGACCAUUGGAGCUGUUCCUCAGUUGGUUGAGCUGUUACCUUCCUUGGAUCCUGAUUGUUUGGAAUUGGCACUAUUCAUAUUGGAUUCAUUAUCUUCUCUACCUCAGGGACGAGUGGCAUUGAAGGACUCUCCAAACACAAUAUUGAACAUGUCACAGUUAUUGAUGGGAGUUCCGGAGAUUUGUACUCAAUAUGCAUUGUCAAUUUUAUGUUCCGUAUGCAAACUUGCUCCUGAGGAAUGCCCAUCACUUGCUGUGAAUGUGGGCCUUGCAGCAAAGCUCCUGCUUGUGAUUCAGAGUGGUUGUAAUCCUGUCUUGAAGCAGCAAUCUGCAGAGCUUUUGAAGCUGUGUAGUCUAAAUUACAUGGAUAGCAUGUUCAUUUCUAAGUGCAAGCUUAUAAAGACAAUCCAAUGAGAGGAAAGUUUUAAAUGUUGAGAUAUGCGCAGCCCCUCGAGACAUUGCAGAAAGAAGAAUUCAUUGGUGGCCAGAUUUGAGACAACGAAUUAUCUCAAACAUCUGGCAUAUGAAAUGGGGUUUAAGGUAGAAAUUAUGUGUCCUGUACAUACUUAAAAGCAUUUAAUUUUCAGCAAUUAAUUCAACAUUCAUGUAGAAGAAUCAUUAUGGGGACAUCUAAACACCAUUCUACACUGCUGUAGAUUUUGUUUUCUUAUCAGUAGCAGGUGCUCUUGUCAA